AUGGUGCUGAGAGCAGUGAAUGCAGACCCGCUAACAGUGAUCCACGUGGGCUCUGCAGAGGUUAUUAAGUGCAAGGCUGCUGUUGCCUGGGAGGCAGGUAAACCUCUCUCUCUUGAGGAGGUGGAGGUUGCUCCACCAAAAGCUCAUGAAGUUCGUAUCAAGAUAGUCGCCACUGCUGUCUGUCACACUGAUGCCUAUACUCUGAGUGGUGCUGAUCCCGAAGGAUGUUUCCCUGUGAUCUUGGGUCACGAAGGAGCAGGAAUUGUGGAGAGUGUUGGGGAAGGAGUAACGAAAAAGAUAAGAAUUACUCAAGGGAAAGGACUCAUGCCCGAUGGUACCAGGAGAUUCACCUGCAAAGGAAAGCAGAUUCACCACUUCAUGGGGACUAGCACCUUCUCCGAGUAUACUGUGGUGGCUGAUAUCUCGGUAGCCAAGAUAGAUGCGGCAGCACCUCUCGAUAAAGUGUGCCUGCUGGGUUGUGGCAUCUCUACUGGCUAUGGGGCUGCUGUUAACACUGCUAAGGUGGAACCUGGCUCUACGUGUGCUGUCUUUGGUUUAGGAGGAGUUGGGCUGGCAGUUAUUAUGGGCUGUAAAAUAGCGGGAGCAUCCCGGAUCAUUGGCAUUGACCUUAACAAGGAUAAGUAUGCCAAGGCCGAAGACUUUGGAGCUACUGAGUGCAUUAGCCCUCGAGACUUCAAGAAGCCCAUACAGGAGGUGCUGGUUGAGAUGACCGAUGGUGGUGUAGACUACUCCUUUGAGUGCAUUGGUAAUGUUGGAGUCAUGAGGGCUGCCUUGGAAGCCUGCCACAAAGGCUGGGGAGUCAGCGUGAUAGUCGGAGUGGCUGCUGCUGGUCAGGAGAUCUCUACACGGCCAUUCCAGCUAGUAACUGGACGGACAUGGAAAGGGACCGCGUUUGGAGGCUGGAAGAGUGUAGACAGUGUACCGAAACUGGUGACUGACUACAUGUCCAAAAAGAUCAAGGUUGAUGAAUUUGUGACUCACACCCUGCCUUUUGACAAAAUUAAUGAGGCUUUUGAGCUGAUGCAUACAGGAAAGAGCAUUCGAACUGUCCUAAAACUUUAGAGCCAAAUGUGGACUUUCCAGUUGGCCAGCAACAUGGUAACUGCCCUUUUAUAAUGGAAUUUCUGAUAGAGGGUAGAAUCAAGCAAAUGAAAACUCACGGGGACUAAGAAGAAGAUGUAUUCUAGGGUGAGCAUUUUGAAUGCUAAGUAACAAAAAAUUGGUAACCACUGAAUAGCAUUAUAUAAUUAGCACUGGUUGUGGAACUUCUGUUUCUGUACUUAUUCUUCAAAUUCAAUAGUGCCUAACUCAAUCUACUUAAUAAAAGCUUAUUUCUAAA